AUGGCAAGCAACUUGAACACUCUGGUUGACUCGGCUGAGUGGUUGGAGCAGCAUCGAAAUUCCGUCAAGUACGAUCUUGCGAGCGCGAGUCCGUCGCCUCUUUCGAUAAACGACCUCCUCGGUAUUUCAGAACAUCGAGACAAAUCUCAGCAGGUUUUAGCACUUCCGGAUCUAACACUUGAGGAUCACACCUCCCUUACGGGUGCAGAUGAAUUUCGAGACAACCUUGCAGCUUUGUACUCGGCCAAGUCUGUUGGAGUGACGCGCGAGGAUAUCAUCAUAUCCAGCGGGGAAUCAGCAGCAAUCUACACAGUGCUGUCCUCAUUACUAGCCAAAGGCGAUCAUGUCAUUUGUCAACAUCCCUCAAAUGAGCUGCUGCACCAAAUCCCUACAAAUCUCGGUGUCGAAGUCUCUCUCUGGAAAGCUAAGCCAACGUCCAAAUGGAAGCUCGAUGUCGAGGAACUCGCGGGCCUCACUCGGGACUCGACAAAAUUGAUCAUCAUACAGAGUCCUUGCGAUCCUACCGGUGCGAUCGUACCUAGACCAGUUCUCGAGCAGCUCAUUGAUUUCGCUACCGAGAAAAAUCUUACCAUUCUGGCUGAUGAGGUCUCCCGACCUUUAUUUCAUUCCAUUCUGCCUUCUGACGAAGACUUCCCACCAUCGACGGUCAAUAUGGGUUACAAAAAAGUGGCAGUCAUCGGAUCUGUCAGUCGGGCAUACAGUCUGCCUGGUAUCAAAGCUGCGUGGAUUACAUCGAGGCACAAGGAAAUCAUUGAUGCCUGCCGCCGCAGCAUACAGCUUACCUCAGGGCCUGUCUCGAGACUCGAUGAAGCCGUCGCUGCAGAAGCAGUAAGCGACCGGUGCAUUCAUGGCUUGCUAGCCAGAAACAUCAAGAUCUGUCAGACAAACAUGGAAGCUCUGCAAGCAUUCAUUGAUGAACACAAUUGGGCAUGCUCCUGGGUUAAACCGGUAGCCGGGACAACAGGAAUGAUUAAAUUUCACAAAAUGGGGAAACCCAUUGACAACGAGGCAUUCUGCACUGCACUUCAUUCCCAGCAGGGCAUUCUAGUCGUGCCUGCGAAUAAAAGUCUGGAAGACCGAUCGGACUUGCGUGGACACGUAAGAGUUUCCUUUGCCGGACCAACAAAAGAGUUCAACACCGCCCUAGAAGCAUGGAAAGUUUUCAUGGAAGAGCACUAUGAAACAAUCCCAACAGUCUUGAAUAAAUCAAAUGCAAUUUAA